CAUGGUAACGUGACGGUCUCUCCGUCAUAUAAAGUUAUUUGGUUCUUUUAUAUGGUUUUAUUUUUAUAAUUUAGGUUUUAUAUUUUCUGCUUACUUUAUGAGUAAGUAAGUCUGAGUAAGGAAAAUGUCUGAAACUACUGUUAUUAGUCGUUUUAAUUUAAUCAGUCUAUGUCACACCAAUGAUCAGGCCCAUUCUAACUGUAAAAUAUCACUAUUACUCCAACACAACCAAAGCGGCCCAAGACGAUCAUCUAUGUCUACAUACAGAAUCCAAUUUUUAUUUAAUCGAAAACUGUAACCUGUAUUACAUUGCAAAUAAAGUUGUUUUUUUUUUCUAAUUCAACAGUGCUUGACGUCAUUGUAUGCGACAGUAUUUCUUUAUGAAAUACAACAUUAUAACACAGUUACAGGGAAAAAAUGCACGUAGGAGUAUCAGACAUUUGUAGAAGUGAAGCAAAAUAUUAUUUAAGUAUUUUUAUGUUUUUGAGAACGACUUUUCUGGAAAGAGCGCGUACACGGAGCAGAUGCUCUGACCGGAAGCGUCGUGACGGUGCUGCUCUUUCGCUCCCAAACUACUGUGAAGGUGUUUCUGAUCUGCCAUAAAGUCUUUGUUUCAUUGGUAUUUCCACCAAAACCAACAACACAAAGGCACUUUUAAGAGCCACUUUGUCUUGUUACCACGUCUUUGCUGUGAGUGUACCUGUCUGUCUGUUUCUUACUCGUGUGUGUGUGUGUGUGAUUGCCUCUUUUUGUCUUAUCUGUUCAUCUCUUUGUGAGUCCGUCUGUGUGUCUGAUUAUUUGUCACCAUGAGUGAUUCAGAAGAUCCACUUAGGAGCCUGGAUGACCUGGUUGAUCAGUAUGAGCUUCAUGAUCACCUCUACAGUCUUGGGGACUUAACUGGUGAGGUUGAGGAAGGGGCGGCGGCAGUAUCGGCACCACCACCUGAACCAAGGGUGAGGUGGAGAAAGAGAGACAGCGAUGGAAAAGUGCUCUCUCUGAGGCCAAGAUCAAGCAGGAAUCAGUCAAAUCAGGCUGUUCACAGUCGCAAGACUGAUCCUCCCUUCAGCCCUCCUCACAGUACAUGUGAGGUGGCCUUUGCUCCAGAAACUGUUGAAUGUUUUCUACGAGAUCUUCAGCACUCGCUGAAUGAUGCUGGUGAUGAGCAGGAAACAUCAAGACCACCUCUUCAGUCUUCCUCCAACUGGAGCACACGAAAAAGUGUCUUGUUAGAGAGCUGGAGGGCAGAGAGACCCCGUCUUGUGAACACCGUGGUUUCACAAGAAUAUGUGGCUGCACACACAUGCCAGCAGUGUGGGAUCAAUCCAGCUGAUGUCCGUUGCUGUGACUGUCGACCACGGCCAUUCUUCUGUGCUGAAUGUGACGUUGACAUGCACACCAGACACGUCCUUCAUAACAGAGAAGCAAUGACAGCCGGAUUCUUUCAGCCAUUACCGCCAACAACUGUUGUUGUGGAUAAGGCUCUUUCCCACUGUGAGCGGCUUGCACCGCUGGAGAUGCCUGACAAAAUUUGUGGUUGUCAACCAGGGUCACUGAGGGUCAAACCAGGAAAGGCUGUUGCUGUGGUCACAAUGAAUGGACGAUAUGAUCUCAGCAUGCCUGAAUUGGGUUAUGAUACAUGCCAAGCCACUUGCCGUGCUGGACUGGACAACCUAAUUAAAAAUGACUACUGGCCUGCUACUCUUCACUUCGCCACAAUAUAUUCGACAGAUGUCUUUUAUUCAUUUGAAGAAAUGACGAUGGCGGCAGCAGGACUGUCCUGCCAGGCAUUUUUAAGAAUGCUUGAUUGACGAACUCUCCGCUUUGGCCGUACUGGGAAGGUAUCAGCAGACAGCUUCCAAAAAACGUAUUUUGAGUGGGAGGCUGUCCGAUAUGAGGUCGACAACAUCUGCGAAGAGGAGCUCUUUACCUGUCCUGCAUGCACCCCGAAUAUGCUUGCGGUUUCAGUGGAUGGAAACCGCAAGCAUUACCGUUUCAAGAAUGCAGCUAGAUCUGAGGAACAGGCCAUCUUUGAAGGCGUCUUCAUUGCCAAGGACGAAGAUGUAACAAAAUUUGUGGACUACAUUCACAAUACAACCAAACACGUCUCUGGAAGAGGUGUUUGUGGAGGGGAGUGGUCAGCAGCCAGAGAGACCUCCCAGAAAUCCACCAGCAAGAUAGAUGAGGAAGGACUGGAGCUUGCAGUGUGUCAGCAUGGAGUGCUGCUCUGUGCUUUAAAUAUGUACAGAGGAGAAAUUUUUGCUUAUCCCCUGUUCCUGCAAGAAAAGCUGGCCAGUAGGCAAGUUACCUUUUUUUGUAUGGAUGUGACUUGCAAAUAUUGGCCCUACCUCCAAAGAGUAACAAAAAGUUGUCCAGAACUCCAGCACCUUCUUAACAUGAAGCCGUUCCUUUCGGUAUUUCAUGCCAAAGCACAUGAUUUCAAGUGUGAGGUGAAAUGGAGUGGGGCAUAUCAGGAGGGAGCUGGUUCAACACUUGGGGAGGAGGUGGAACAAUGUAAUGCCUUCCUGUCCAGGAUUGCAGUGACCACCAAGCAUAUGUCAAAAGCAGGACGCACAGACAUGCUGACUCUCAUGGCCAUGCGCUGGAAUCAGCAAAAGUUUGAGAAUUUGGCCGCCUCACUGAGUCACCGAUACAGGAAGACCGCAGAUGCGCUGCACAGCCAACUUCAGAACCUUGAGUCCAUGAGAGCCCAGUUAGCAGUAACAGAGAGCCAACUGGAAGAUUGGGUCAGUGAUGUCAAGGACUGGGCAGAAGCAACAACAACCACCCAUGAUGCCGAUGCCUUGGCCAGCAGAAUUGAAGUGUUGGUGGCUAGCAUCAGGAGGCGGUCUCAGCGUCUUUACAGAGAUACUGACGGCAACAAAGGUCGUGCCAGGGUCCGCCGCAAUAUCAGGGAGGAGAAGGGGAUACUCACUUCUGUUGUGGAGAAAUACAACAGAAUGGUUCCAAGCACAGAAACUGUGUGCUUAGAAACCAUUCUGUCGGGCGAGACAGUUUGGCCAUGGCAGCUACCACACAGUGACUCUGUUGAUCUAAGGACGAAGAGACGAGCGUUUGACCUCGUCAUGGCGGUGAAGAGACUUCAAGAAGAGAAGACCAUUCUUGUUAAGGAGAUGGACCACCACUGGCAAUCUUUCAAGUCGUGCCAGUACCCUGAGAAAGCUGUCCUGCCUGCUUUCUGAAUCCCGGUGUGGCCUAAGUGAAGAGGGGAUGAAUGGUCUGAGAAGCAUCAUCCUCAGAAAGCAGUGGAAAA